AUGCAACGAAUGGACAAGGACGAUUUAGCGGAUUACUUAAAAGUCAAUCAUUUAGAACAAUUAAGUGUUCAAACACUUUUCGACUACCACAGCAGUGUAGGAGAAAUAAAAGAUUACUGUGAAGAUUUACUUGAGUGCUUUAAAAAAGAGCACAUUUACUGUGACGAAGAUAUUCGAUACAACGAUUUGUGUGCUAAAGAAACCGAAAUCCUUGAGGAUAUGCAUAUUGUUCUUAACAAGAUUAUUAAAGAACAUCAAGGAACAAUAAAAGCUAUAAGAAGAAACGCUGCUGAAAGAAGAGAAGAGCUUAAAGCUAUCAAAGUUAAAAAAGAAAAGUAA